AUGGGUGAAUCAGCAGCUGCAGCAAAACGUCGUACGAGGCGCAUACCAGAUGAGCUUCGGAAAAGGUCCGCCCAGAGUUGCGACCUUUGCAGGAAGCGGCGUUGCAAGUGUGUUAUCGAAUCCAAUAGCAUAGAUUGCGUCGCUUGCAAGGGGCAGGGUGUCUCGUGCUCGUACACCCUUCCACGGAAGACGCGCUUUUACGGCUCUUUGGAGGAUCUAAGUGAUAGAUACAAGUGCCUUGAUGCCAUCAUCCGCGGCGCUUUCCCCAACCAGCCGGUGGCCACUGCCUCUGAUCUCAUCCAGCUUGCUCAGCGUCUGAAGAUUGAUAUACCAGACCUGUCGUCGGAUGACGCCGAUACGUUCGACGUGCUGUUGAGGGACAGCUCUAAGACUGGUGAUGGACUGUCAGCCUCUGAGGCGCAACCAGGUCAUCGCAACAGCGUGGACUCCGGGUUUCACCCUAUAAGGCAGGGCGAUGGCCAACCUGAUAUUAACCCAGACAAGAAGGAAGACCCAGCCUUCCAAGACCAGAAGGUUGGACUGCUCCGGGACACUUCUGGACAUGAGCACUAUAUUGGUCCAUCAGGAAGUCUGCAGUUCCUUGACCAGCUACGCAGGUUACUGAUCUCCCGAGAGAGCGAGAUCUCGACUGGCCACACAAACCAACAUGCGUCUGAUGGCACGCGAGAUGAAAUACCCCAGUCACUUGAGGCUGAGAUCCAAUAUAACGAGGAUCCAGAAAUAGCGAAGCGUGCCGUUGUACAAAGUCAUGAUGCGUCUCCGCUGGAGGAUUCGUUAUCGCCCCAGGCUACUAGUACAUCCAGCUCUGGACUAGCACCAACGGACGAGAUCCAAGAGCUUAUGGAUCAGAUCCCAGAGCUUGAAUUAGUUGAGAGUCUUCUUCCUUUGUACUGGAAUAACGUCCAUGAAGACUUCCCACUCUUCCAUCGAGAAAGCUUCGAAAAGGAGUACGAUGCUUUCAUCAGGAAUCGUCGUCAGUCCGCACAGUAUCCGUCGACCCUCGGCGUGACCAGGCCGGACCAUGGCUGGAUUGGUUGCCUGCAGAUGAUGGUUGUCUUCGGGUCUCUGUCGAAUGUGCCUCACCAUCAUGACUUGGAAUCCAAGAUCCUGCAAAAGCAUUGCGUUGAUGCCACACGAAAACUCCUCCCCCGAAUCGUCACCAAGUGCUCGCUCUCUGGCGUCCGGGCUCUGCUGCUCCUCAGUUUGUUCCUCCACAAUGAUAACGAACGAAACGCUGCCUGGAACCUUGUUGGUACGGCGACUCGAAUCUGCUUCGCACUUGGACUUCACAGGAAUGACACAUCAGAGCUGUUCUCACCGAUCGAGAGGGAAACAAGAAGGCGGGUGUUUUGCACACUAUAUGGCUUCGAACAGUUUCUCGCCUCCAGUCUUGGAAGACCAAGUGGUGUCAACGAUAUCGAUGUUCAAGUUGUCCAUCCAAGUGGGGCAGUACUCAAUGGCCGUCAGGAUAGUGACGAUUCCCUUAGCCUAAUGACUUUGAAGCUGAACAGGAUCUUGUCCACGUCUCGGAACCCUCGAUAUGCAUCCGCGUCGACUGCACAGGCUCCACACGAAGCACACCAGCUAUCGGUUGACGAGGUUCUCGCGUCCCUGAAGGUUUGGAAAGCAGAGUUGUCCUCUCACCAGGGACUAGAUGUACCUGUUGCCACGGAAGAGGACGACAAGCUGCCGGUACCUAACGGCCCACGAAUGGAGCUCAGCGAGCUGAAGACUCUACUUGGCUGGCGCGACCUACCUAGCCUCCGUGCUCUACUUCACCUUCAUAUCCAGUACCACUACAUCUAUAUCCUGGUCACAAGGCCAUUCCUGUUGCGAAGCAUAACAGCAAGCGGGAGAACGGGGCACACCGCGGUUCAUGAACAAGGUUCUCACACAACAAUCCCGAAUAAGUUAGGCCAAUUCUCGGACAUGUGCUUCCGGCAUGCCUGCCAAAUGGCUCGCCUUCUUCUGCUGCUUGACUCAUUUGGUCUCAUCCACGGAGCAUCUGGACUCGACGUGUUCUUCGCAUAUUCGGCGGCUAUGAUAUUGAUCCUCCGAUCUCUCAGGCUGGACCCGAGUGAACAACCGUUCCUUACGAAACCAGAGGAUGCGGCUGAGGCCGAGGGGAAAAUAAGAAAGAUGUCUGGUCAACAGGGGCUACAGGACCCCGACGAGAAGUUACUACUCGUAGCCUUGCGUGAGCUGGUGGUUCGCCUGAGAGAACUGGUGAUGAGAGUGCCAAAGUCCAGCACCAUGGAGCGCUUCGCGCGCGCCAUGGUCACGUUCGAAGAGAACGCAUACCACGUCAAGGUCAAAGCCGACCCAGAAGACAGCGAACGGGAUUUGCGGUCUUCCUUGUCACAGGCUCAUUUCGGUAGCAACGUUUCGGGUCCUAACCUCUUGUUCCGUGGGCUGAUGGACGCAAGUUAUGGCCCAAGGCCUUCGAAUGAGGUUGGCGGCAUGGAUCAGCGAAUGCACGAUGGCCCGGUGGGGAUGAUCCACGAUCAACAACAGCAGUUAUUUGAACAUGGAUGGGUACUGCCCGCACCGACAAUGGGCACAUACAGUAGCCAGGGCAGCGGGCUGACAUCAUUCGAUUGUUUGCCGGGAUUGAAUCCAUGGGUAAUGGGCGGUAAUCAGACAACACAACAAGGAACGGACAUGCCAAUUUAUGGAUGGGAGGACCUGGAGUCUAUGCUUGGGAAUGGGAGGAGUAACCUGCGGAAAUUUUGA